AUGACUGAUUCGCGAGGAGGCCACUCGUCUGGACUUGAGCAGACACCCCUUGACUCAAACCGACACGGCCAGGCGCAAAACGUCAUCGACGAGACCUCCGCGACACACGGCAACACGACCCAGUCAGACCUCGAGGCCAACAUUGAAUCACACGACGAGGCGCUCAAGGACAAGGUUGACGGCGCCGUGAGGACCGGGCCGAAGAAAGCCGAUGAGACUACCGGCGGUAGAGUGCAGGUCGGCGAGACGGGUGACCUCCACGAUCUUGCUGCAAAGAGGCAACCUUAG